AUGGUGGCAAUCUCUCCCUCAUCUUUUCGUGAGGUUUCUUUUUGCUUCGAUCAAGAAGGUUGCAACCCCAAAUACUUCAACCAGAUUCACUCAUCUAUACAGGGGAAAACUUUGUUGAAAGACAAGAACGUACAUACUGAGAUAAUUCCUCUUGGUUGUCUUCUCGUUGAACGUCCAGAGAAAAAAAUUAUGAAAGUCUGUUCAAAACAUCUGCUAGGACUCAGACUGUUUUUUAGAGAUCUGAGAAAGUAG